AGUCAGCAGUGGGUGCAGGCAGCAGUCAGUUUCCUCCUCUGUGAGUCUCUCCCCGGCACCAUGUGGAUCAGUGUGGCCUUAGUCUGCGUCGCUUUGCUCGGACUCAUAUUAAAAUAUGUGUUCCGCAGCUCCGGACCCAACCCCUUCGAGAGGGACACCCGGGAACCGCUGAAACCGAUGGUUCACGACAGGAAGGAGAAAAACAAAGUGCUGAAACAAGGUUUUGUGGCCAGUAAAAUCCCUGACAACCUUGAUGCCAUCAUCAUCGGCAGUGGGAUCGGUGGGCUCGGACUCGGAGUGCUGCUGGCCAAAGUUGGAAAGAAAGUCCUGGUUCUUGAGCAGCACGAUCGGGCCGGAGGAUGCUGUCACACGUUCACUGAGAAAGGCUUUGAAUUUGAUGUUGGAAUCCACUACAUCGGUGACUUGCAGGAACACAAGCCGUUCCGCUGCAUGCUGGACCAAAUCACCAAUGGACAGCUGCAGUGGGAGCCUCUGGAGAAUCCGUUUGACCAAGUUGUUCUGGGACCGCCAGAAAACCGACGCCGGUAUCCCAUCUACAGCGGCAGGACCCGCUUCCCUGAGGAGCUGAAGAAGUGCUUCCCUGGAGAGGAGAAGGCCAUCGACGAGUAUUUGAAGCUAGCGAAGAAAGCCGGGCGGGGCAUUUGGCUCCUUGCUGUACUGAAGCUUUGCCCUGUUCCCUUGGCUAAGUUCCUGGUCUACAGCGGCCUGGCCAAACGUCUGUCUUUCUUCUUCAAAAUGGCCCCACGCAGCCUGACGGAAGUGGUCAAUGAACUGACGGAGAACAAAGACCUCCGGGCAGUUUUCGCAUACAUCUUCGGCACCUACGGGAACAUGCCCAAAGAUGCCAGUUUUUCUAUGCACAGCUUGCUGGUCACUCACUACCUGAAUGGGGCCUGGUACCCUAAAGGUGGAGCAAGUGAAAUCGGCUACCACAUGAUCCCCAUCAUUGAGAAGGCUGGUGGUGCGGUGCUAGUCCGAGCUCCAGUUAACCGCAUCUUGUUCAAUGAUGCCAAGGAAGCUUAUGGUGUGAGCGUGAUGAAAGGUCAGGAGGAAAUCCACAUCCAUGCCCCCAUGGUCAUCUCCAAUGCUGGAAUCUUCAACACCUACGAGAAGCUGCUGCCUAAAGAGCUCCAGGCCAUGCCAGCCAUUCAGAAGCAGCUCAGUAUGAUGAAGAAUGGUGAAGGAGGCCUGAGUAUUUUUCUGGGUCUGACUGGAACCAAAGAGGAGCUGGGCCUGAAGGCAGACAACUACUGGAUCUUUGCUGAGAACAACUUUGACGAACUGGUGGAGAGCUAUAUGAAUGGAAAGAGGGAAGAAUCAGCCAAAAAAGUACCCCUGCUGUUCGUCGCCUCUCCAUCAGCUAAGGAUUCAACCUGGGAGGAAAGAUCGCCAGGCAAAUCCACCCUGAGUCUGGUCAGCUUUGCCAACUAUGAGUGGUUUGAGGAGUGGAAGGACAACAAAGUGACCAACAGAGGGGGGGACUACAAAGAGCUGAAACAGGUUUUCAUCGACUCUAUUGUGGAGGUGGUCAUGGACGUCUUCCCAAAGAUAACCAGAGACAAGAUUGAGUUUGUCGAUGCUGGAACCCCCAUCACAAACACACACUACAUUGGAGCUCCCAAAGGGGAAAUCUACGGAGCAGAUCACGGCAUGGGCCGCUUCAGCCCUGAACUCAGCUUUACAGUGAGACCUCAGACUCCACUGAAGAACCUCUAUCUGACAGGCCAGGAUGUGUUCCUGUGUGGCUUUGCGGGUGCUCUCGCCGGAGCUCUCACCUGCGGCUCGGUCAUUCUCAAACGCAACCUGCAUCUGGAUGCUAUCAACCUGGCAAAGAAAACCAAAGCUAUGAACAGCAAACACAAAGAGGACUAACUACCUGUCGACAUUCAGCUGACUGACCGUUAUAUACUGAAACUAACCAGUAACUGAUUGCACAACAAACUCACAAAAAUCUGUGUGUGAGAAGUUUUUGAGUGCCCCAGCGCAAGGUGCAAAAAAUCAUGACACAUGUUUACUUUGUAAUAUGCACUUAUUCAGCUUUGUUAAGCGAGUGGGAUGUUUCAUGUUUGAAUAACGGUUAUUGCGCUUCUAGCACUUCAAAAAUUCGAAUUACCUCAUGCAAAUACUUUUGUAUCAUUCACCGUGUUGAAGUUCAUAAACACAUUUGUUGUUUAGUGUUUGAAUUUCUUGUUCUGUGCCCAACUAUGCCUCUUAAUAUUGAUUUGCAAUCUGUAACAAAUUUACAAAGAUGACUCCCCAUUUGAUAAUAAACGCUUUGGAUGCCAUUGAG